AGAGUCCCAAGCAGACUCUGCGCUGAGAGGGGAGCCUGAUUCGGGCUCGGUCCCAUGACCCCGCGAUCAUGACCUGAGCUGAAACUGACACUUAACUGACUGCACCACCCACGUACCCCUGUAUGCACUAAAUCUUAAAGGGGAAAUAGAAGGGAAGAAUAAUUUUGCCUCAUUUACUGAAUAAGUAGCCAUCAUUAGAAAAUGUAAAUAAAGCUACUUACAGUACUUCUCUCGUUUUAUAAAAACUAGCUUUUGUGGUGAAAACAAUGUGCUAAAAUCGUGUUUUAUUUCGCUUUUGACAUAAUUCAGUAAUUCUUUUUUUUGUUUUCAAGAUUUUUAUUUAUUUAUUUGUCAGAGAGAGCGAGCACAAGCAGGGGGAGCAGCAGGGGGAGAGGGAGCAGCAGACUCCCCGCUGAGCAGGGAGCCCGAUGGGUGGCUCCAUCCCAGGACUCUAGGAUCAUGACCUUAGCCGAAGGCAGACACUUAACCCACUGAGUCACCCCAGUGCCCCUAAUUCAGUAAUUCUUAAGAUAUAAAGACCUAAACAAAAUGUAAAAUUCACAUGGAGGCCAUAAAAGGAAGACAUUAGUUUUUACUGGUUGCACCAAAAGCAGAAAAAACAGAGGAGUCUGUUUUCCUUUCAUUCAGCACCUUUUGUGUGUCUGUUGAGGAAACGUCAAAAAUCAAGCUUGACCUGCAUCUGCGGACGCCAGUAGCCAAGUCACGUACGUUGGCACUUUUAGUGCCAAUAACAGGAGAAUAUGGACACACUUCAGGCUCAUGGUUUCAUACCCCACACCGUGAAUCUGGUGGUGAUUCAGACAGGAGAGGCCCUUGCCUUCAGGAAUCUGGUGUUUCAGUGGGACCAACCUCGGGUUGGGGCCAGAGGAACUGAGCCCCAGCUCUGUGGCUCGAAAUCGGAUAAGUCACUUUGAUGAAUUCACCAGGCUUUCAUUUCUGCAUCUGUAUAAUGGAGCUUUUCACGGUUUCUGGGAGCCUGAAAUACAAUGAGAUAGAUAGGACUGUGCUGGGUAAACCCAGACCAAUGUUUAAGUUGGUCAUUUUUACUUCUUCUUCUUUUUUUUUUUUUUAAGAGAAAGCGUGCAAGUGGUUGGGGGAGGGGCAGAGGCGGGGGACUUCCAAGCAGGCUCCACGGCCAGAGCAGAGCCCGAUGUGGGGCUCGGUCUCAUGACCCUGAGAUCAGGACCUGAGCCGAAAUCAAGAGCCAGAUGCUUAACCAACUGAACCACCCAGGCUCCCCUGGUCAUUUUUACUUCUGAACCACUGAAUCUGUUGGGAGUAUAUUCAGUCAUUUGUAAUGGAACCUGACUGCACUGAUGAGGCAAAUGGGGGCCUGUUUUCUUCAUACAGCAAGGAAUCUGGAGGUGGCUGUACAGCUGCUCAAGGAAGUAUUUCUUCUCUACCGGUUUUAAUAUGUGGUUUUCUUCCUUAUGAUAAAAUGAUGACUGCUUGGGCCUUGUGCCCAUGUUUCGGGAAGGACCGAGGGAAGGGACGAAGGGCGAAAGACACAGGAAAAGGAACACUCAUCCUAAGUCGAACUCGGAAGACGGCUGUGUAGGAAAAGGAGACUGGAAGAAGAAAAAUAAGUAUUUCUGGCAGAACUUCCGAAAGAACCAGAAAGGAAUAAUGAGACAGACUUCAAAAGAAGGACACAGAGGACCAUCAGCCGACGGAGCCUUGGAAUGCUUGUCUGCUCUAGGAGAAGACGUGGGCUAUGUUGCAAGCGAGAUAACCAUGAGUGAUGAGGAACGGAUUCAGCUGAUGAUGAUGGUCAAGGAGAAGAUGAUCACCAUUGAGGAAGCGCUUGCGAGGCUCAAGGAGUAUGAGGCCCAGCACCGGCAGUCAGCGGCCUUGGACCCUGCCGACUGGCCAGACGGUUCUUACCCAACAUUCGAUGGCUCGUCAAACUGCAAUUCAAGAGAACAAUCAGAUGAUGAGACCGAGGAGUCGGUGAAGUUUAAGAGGUUACACAAGCUGGUCAACUCCACUCGCAGAGUGAGGAAGAAACUGAUCAGAGUGGAAGAGAUGAGAAAGCCCAGCACCGAAGGCGGGGAGGAGCACCUGUUUGAGAACUCCCCGGGCCUGGAUGAAAGGUCCGCCCUUUACUCUGGAGUGCACAAGAAGCCAUUUUUCUUUGAUGGCUCUCCUGAGAAACCUCCGGAAGAUGAUUCAGACCCUCUCACCACUUCUCCGUCGUCCAGCAGCCUGGAUACCUGGGGAGCCGGCCGGAAGUUGGUCAAAACCUUCAGCAAAGGAGAGAGCCGGGGCCUGAUCAAGCCCCCCAAGAAGAUGGGGACGUUCUUCUCCUAUCCAGAAGAAGAAAAGGCCCAGAAGGUUUCCCGCUCCCUGACGGAGGGCGAGAUGAAGAAGGGCCUCGGGUCCCUGAGCCAUGGGAGAACCUGCAGUUUCGGAGGAUUUGACUUGACGAACCGCUCUCUACACAUUGGCAGCAACAAUUCUGAUGCAAUGAGUAAAGAAGGAGAUUUUGUGUACAAAGAAGUUAUCAAGUCACCCACUGCCUCCCGCAUCUCUCUUGGGAAAAAGGUGAAAUCAGUGAAAGAGACAAUGAGGAAGAGGAUGUCUAAAAAAUAUAGCAGCUCUGUCUCUGAGCAGGACUCGGGCCUUGAUGGCAUGCCUGGCUCCCCUCCAUCUUCACAGCCAGAUGGCGAACACAUGGACAAGCCCAAGCUCAAAGCCGGAGGUUCUGUGGAGAGUCUGCGCAGUUCUCUGAGUGGGCAGAGCUCGAUGAGUGGUCAGACAGUAAGUACCACUGAUUCCUCAACCAGCAACAGGGAGAGUGUCAAGUCGGAAGACGGUGAUGAUGAGGAGCCCCCCUAUCGGGGCCCCUUUUGUGGGCGCGCCAGGGUGCACACCGACUUCACGCCUAGUCCCUACGACACAGACUCGCUCAAGCUCAAGAAAGGAGACAUCAUCGAUAUCAUCAGCAAGCCACCCAUGGGCACCUGGAUGGGUCUGUUGAACAACAAGGUCGGCACAUUCAAGUUCAUCUAUGUAGAUGUGCUAAAUGAGGAAGAAGAGAAGCCCAAGCGCCCCACCAGAAGGAGGAGAAAAGGAAGACCACCCCAGCCCAAAUCUGUGGAAGAUCUCCUUGAUCGGAUCAACCUGAAAGAGCACAUGCCCACUUUCCUGUUCAAUGGGUACGAAGACCUGGACACCUUUAAGCUCCUGGAGGAGGAAGACUUGGAUGAGUUGAAUAUCAGGGACCCGGAACACAGGGCUGUUCUCCUGACAGCAGUGGAACUGUUACAGGAAUAUGACAGUAACAGCGACCAGUCAGGAUCCCAGGAGAAGCUGCUGGUGGACAGCCAGGGCCUGAGUGGAUGCUCUCCGCGAGACUCAGGAUGCUAUGAAAGCAGUGAGAACCUGGAACACGGCAAGAGUCGGAAGCCUGGCCUUCUCUCUGUCAAGUCGUCGGCGGAGUCCAGCUUAAAGUCUUUCAACAGGAACGAGCUGGGCAACUACCCAACCCUGCCUUUAACGAAGUCCGCCGACGCACUGAAGCAGGGGGAGACGGCCAGGCUGGGCAGUGGUCUUACCCCGCACGCUUCCAAGUGCUGUGAGCAGCCGUGGGGCACUGGUUUGAACCAAAACCGAAGAAGCCUCCCUGUUGCCAUCUGUCGGAGCUGUGAGACCCUGGAGGGCCCCCCGACUGUGGAAACUUGGCCCCGAUCCCACUCCCUGGAUGACCUUCAAGGAGAGCCUGCUGCUGAGAAGGAUGUGCCUGGCGAGGUGACGGACCCCUCCCCUCAGACUGUACCACAAGUGCCACAGAAGACAACCCCCUCCGUCGCAAAGGUUCAAAGCCCCAAACGAGGUCCUGCUGUUGACCAUGCACUGCUACUGACCCAAAGCAAGAGAGGUUCUGAGCCUCCGAAGACAGCUACUAAGAAACCGGAUGGCUCCAUAGCCUCUUCGCGUGGCGCAUCACCUCCUCCGUGUUUGCCCAAAAACUACGAUGCUCAGCCUCCUGGAGUUAAACACACUUUAACAAGGACGCCUCUGGAGGGUCACAGGAAAGGACUCGAUUUUGAAGGCACAUGUUCCCCCCCGGGCACCAAAGAAGGCCUAGAGGCCGAGCCGAGGGGCCCCGAGGCAAGAACACAGGCAAAGCAUCCUGCCCAGCCUCCGCCCGUUCCUGCCAAGAAGAGCCGAGAGCGCCUGGCCAACGGACUCCACCCUAGCCCUCCUGGCCCCGACGCGCCAAGCCUGCCCGCGAAGAGGGGCAGCCCCGGUGACUGUCACUCGCCUCCGGCUUCCAGGCCUCCCUCGGGACAGGAGCCUGGCAGCCCCCCGAGCACAAGACCACCGCCCUGGCUCUCCGAGCUCCCGGGGAGCACAAGCCUCCAGGAGCACGGCGUGAAGCUGGGCCCGGCUCUGACCAGGAAGAUCUCCUGCGCUCGGGGAGUGGAUCUGGAGAUGCUCACGGAAAACAAGUUACGAGCUGAAGGCAUCGAUCUCACCGAGGAGCCAUAUUCGGAUAAGCACGGCCGCUGUGGGAUCCCUGAAGCCCUGGUGCAGAGAUACGCCGAGGACUUAGAUCAGCCCGAGAGGGACGUCGCCACCAACAUGGACCAGAUCCGCGUGAAGCUGCUGCGGAAGCAGCACCGCAUGGCGAUCCCAAGUGGUGGGCUCACAGAAAUCUGUAGAAAGCCCCUCUCUCCCGGAUGCGUUUCGUCUGUGUCCGACUGGCUGGUCUCCAUCGGUCUGCCCAUGUACACCAGUGCUCUCACCGAAGCCGGGUUCAGCACACUGGGCCAAGUGCCUUCUCUGUCCCACACUUGCCUUCAGGAGGCCGGCAUCACGGAGGAGAGACACAUAAGCAAGCUCGUGUCUGCAGCCAGACUCUUCAAACUGCCACCAGGCCCCGAGGCCAUGUAGCCAGGCCCGUAACAGAGCUCCCUGGACCAGAGCCACCCUUUCACUGUGCUUAUGCUAAUGCAAUUCCUCCUCCUCGGGACAUGCAGACCAGAUCCAGAAGAAAGGCCCAGUGUAUGGCCACACAGAGCACGAAACCUUGGCACGGGACUGAUGACCCUCUCUUCUCCAGAAAAGCCCCCUUGAGGACAUUGGUGUGGUUCUCUUUGACCCCCAAAGAAAAGACAAGCACUUAGUUUUAUUUUCAGAACACAGAAGAACCAGGAUGCCAACUUGCCACACAUGCUGUGCCUCCAGUCUGUCUUGGUGCGCUGGGAGAGGGCUGGGAGCAGAGGGAGGGGCAGCCGGUUUCGCUUCUGAGAACGCCCUUGCCCUUCCGUCUGUCACCCUGCAGGAUACCUGAGGGCCAGACGGGCUUCAGCUAGGCCAAAGUGACAGACUCGGGAGUUCAUUGGACACUAUUGACCAUGCCUGUUUGUUCAAAAGUAAGAAAAUCUGGCUGCACUAGGGAAAAAAAGAAAAAGUCCUGUUCUCCUUCAAGUAAACAAGAGACAUUUUAAUAAUUGCUUUCUAGCAAUCAGCUUUUAUUUGCCUUAACGUAAGCUUUGAAGCAGUUAUCCUAGUGUUCACUACCCUGUAACCAUAGUUUCCAGUCUUCAGCUUAGACUGCCAUCUAACAUGUGAGAUGUUUUCAGCAAAACAAAACAAAACAAAAAUGGGCUUUUCUAAUUGCCUCACUCUAACAUGGCUCAUUUUGUAGGGGUUUAUCAGGCACAAAGUUCAUGUUGGCUUUCAGUUCUUACACUAACCACAAAUCCAGUAAGAAGCUAUCUGAAAUUCCGAGAUCAGGUGUGUAUGUGAGUGUGCAUGCAUGUGCGUGCGUGUGUGUAUGUGUGUGUAUAUAGUAACUACCUUCACUCUAAUCAGUUUAGUUUUGUUUACCACGUUGGUCAUCGAGCUGCAGGAUUGACUUGGACUCCUGACCACGUCCAUCCCAAAAUUCAGUUGUCAGCUAACAGAUUAGCUUUGCAAAGUCAUUGUAAGGUUGAAUAUUUCAGAGAGAUGUUUUUAAAAGGGAAGCAGUUUAUAAGAUAUUUUAAAAGGUUUUUUUUUUUCCACUUUUAUAAUUCAGGUAUCGUUCUCCUUCCUUAUUGAGAUAAUUCUUUUAAUUUGGAUGAAAGUUCACUUUGGAGCCAAACCACGUUAGCCAUGUAUUAAGUUAACAUUUGUCUAUUUUCAAUUGUUUUCCAACUGAUUGUAGUGUUUUCCAUCCUCUUUUAGUCUGGUGUCUGAUUUUUCUAGCACAUAAGAAAUUUAGGCCACUAAAUUAAGGUUUCUGUUGCUUACUAAAUGAGUUUCCUUUACAUUCUUAAUCAUGAGAACUAUUUUAAGCACUGAAUGUGAUCAUUUGCAAUAGAAACAUUCUGAACACAAAGCCUUGAUCAAAAGCUCUUAAACAUUUCAUCUACUCAUUAAAACGAUUUCCCUCGGGGGGUGGGGGGGAGUGAUUUCAUUUAUAAAGCCAUCUUCAGCAUUUGCUCUCUGUACUUGGAUCCAAGUUUCUGAGGAAAGGAAUGUUCUCAGGUGAUAUAUUUUUUCAUGCUUUGGUACACAUUUAAAAAAUAAAUGUCUCUUCAACAAUAAUAGUCACCUUCUAUAAGAUGCCAUGUGAAGAAGUUGUGGAAAUGCAGAAUAAAAAGCUCAAGCUGCCAAUUUUCUACUGAAAUCUUAAGAACGGCCCAUCUUUGCCACGUCGGGUUGUGCGCACAGCCCCCGCGGAGUGUAACUCGGCCGCAGGGCUACCUGUGACCACGCGCGGAGGCGUCUCACGCUGUGGUGGCCGUGGGUGCGAGGACACGCUCCGCAUCCUGCUGCCCAGUGCCUUGGCCUGACCUGCGAUCCUGCUCAUCGUUUAAGCUGACCACACCCAAGUCACGAAAUCUCGGUAAUAGAGGAAGAAGAGAAAUCUCAGUGUUAGUUCAUUUUCAGCGUAAGAUUUCCAUUUCAGUAAAAGUGGCACCAGAAAAGGGAACGUUCUGGAGUUGAGUUUUUUAAGAAUGCCAAACCAUAUUUUUGUCACUCUUCUUUGGAAGUCAUCACCUUUGCAUAGAAAAAUCAAAUUCAGGGACCAUGAAUGAUUUUCAGCAGGAAGAUCUUCCUGAUAGGGGGUCUGAUGAGGUUUUUACUUCAUUGUGCUUUAAAAACAAAAAACAAAAAAACAACAAAAAAACCCUUUUUAAAAUUGUUAGUAUUUGUUUGGUCUUCUUUUGCUUUAAACUUUUAAUUUGAUCCUAGAAAAGUCUGAAUGUGUGUGAGUGACAUUUGACUACGGUGGUUUCGGGGCUGCCUGUCAGAAGACAGGUGUUAGGCUUCAGCAAUAUCCGGUUUUAAUCAGUUGCACUUGGUACCGAAUGUUGAGGAAGGGUGAAAAGUGUAGUCUUUGGAAAGCACAAAAGAAACCUAGAAAGGCAGUUUGGCUCAGGUAGCUACACAUCCGUUGUGUGUAAUUUUUACUUUAAAGCUGUCUAGAGGAAAUGCAGCCAGCCCCAACUACUAUUUACAUUCCCAGAUAACCAAGAAGCAGGUGGAUUUUCAUGGCCUUCCCUUAGCAGCCCUUUUUCUCUGUCCUGAUCCCUGGUGUGGGUGAAAUUGGAAAUUACUAGUCUAUUGCAAACCAGUUCCUGACAUAGCAAAAUUUGCUUUCAUGACUGCAGCAAAAGAAAUCCGUUCACCAAGUCAGUGCUGCAUGCAUGUACUGUAUUAUUUUCAGAAAAUAUAGUAGUCUUGAGUCCGAGUUAUCUUGAUUUUAAAUUGAGAGAGAAAACAAACUGUCAAGUUAUAUAACAACUAACAACAUUGCACUUUCUGUAUAUGAAAUCAAUAUUUAAAUAACUUAUUUUUCUCCAUUGCUGUUCUUAAACAUUGUAAGUAGCUGUAAUAUACCAGUCCCAAUAUGUCCUUGCGAUUGCUUCAGCCCAGGAAAGCUGUGUAUUGUUUUAAAAAUUGUAAAAAUUAUUGUGAUGAUUCACUUAGCAGAGAGAAAGGUGGACAGAAAGGUUUUCCUAUGUAUCAAGACUUGUCUAUAAUUAUGUCAUCUAUGUACCUAGAAAAAAAAUAAAUUUCUUCAGUUGA